UUUUACCCAUGGCUGCUUACUGCACUUUGCGUGUCUGUGCUUUUGCUGUUCGUGUGGGUAGAAUCCUCAAAUGAAUACAAUGGCUUUGAUUGGUGUAUGCUCCCUACCUACACCUGAGCAGCAUAUCUGUGAUGGUUCUCCUUUCCUGGCCUGUGGCCUUCUACUUGAUUCAUUUGGAAGGAGAAGCUCUUCAAGUGGCUGUUGGAUUGCCCUUUUUCCUUAUCCUUUUGUGUCUCUAUGUGAUGCCAUUCGGGAAUUAUUCUCCCUGCAUUCAAGAGAAGGACAAAUUGGGGCCCAAGCCGAGCUUCUUUGGACAUAGAGGUGCACCCAUGCUGGGGCCUGAGAAUACCAUGAUGUCCUUUGAGAAAGCUGUUGAACAUGGAGCCUUUGGCCUAGAGAGUGAUGUGCAUAUAAGUUACGAUCAUGUGCCUUUUCUCAUGCAUGACCUUAACCUGAGAAGAACAACCAAUAUCAACGAGGUCCUGCCAAAUGCCUCCCUCCGACACCCUAGCCUAUUUGAUUGGGAUUUUCUGUCGACUCUGAAUGCGGGCAAAUGGUUUUCACAUUCACGGGUAAGACACAUUCCCUAGCUCAAGACAUGCACUGACUCCUUCUUCUG